AUGCCGUCGUACACUGUCGUGGUGAAAGACACUUCACCGAUUCUUUCUUAUAGGGGUACUUGGUUAGCUGGUUCUUCCAGAGACGGCCUUGCAGACCAGUACUUGCAGAGCACCUUCACCUUAACAGAGACGUCUGGGGACACCAUGAGCAUGCAGUUUUUCGGAUCCGCUGUUACGAUUAUUGGGGCAAAGCGAGGCAACCAUGGUAAUUACCAAGUCCAGGUAGACACUGCAAUCUACCCGCCCGCGACUGGGGCUUCAAACCAGGAGCUUUUCAACCAAACCCUCUUCAGCGCGAGUCUGGCAACGGGCCUCCAUAACCUCACCUUGACGAAUUCAGAGAGCAAAUUCUUCGACGUUGACUAUGUUUCAUUCGACACUAGCAUUGGCACACCCAGUGAGGAAUUGAUUGUGAAUACAUUUCAUGCAACCCAUCCAUCCUUCGUUUAUUCUCCGUCGUCUGCUUGGGCAGAGCCAGGCGUCGUAGGCGCAUUUACAGGGAGCUCCGGACGAGCUACUGCGGACCCUAGCGCUUCUGCUGCAUUUACCUUCCAAGGCAAGGGUCAUUCUGCACUCAAUUGGAAUCCCCCAUUAAUCUUGCAACUCCCUCAGGUCGACCAGGGACCUGUGUUUCCCCUUUCUGCUCAGAAGACGUUCCGGAAACCCCGAGAAUUGCUGUUUUACACCGGGAAUCUCGGUCGGGGAACUCAUACACUCAGAAUAGGACUCCAGUCAGGGAUCUCCGGUGCACUAGUAAUCGAAUCCGCCGACGUAUACACUACACCGUCGUUUGGAGGGAGUUUUGGGACUCCUGUCCUGUCUUCGAAUUCUAGUGUUGGUGGCACUUCCUCGACACUUCCUCAGAAAAUUCCAACCUCUGCAAUUGCCGGCCUCGUAGUCUUGGGCGUCGUUGCCGUCGUUGCCAUUUUAGGAUGUCUGUACCUUGUAUGGCGCCUAAGACGGGCGCUUAAGGAAGUAUCCAAGGCGACAAGCUACACGGUGCAGCCGAACACCCUGCCGUCGCAGUCCUUCGUCGUAGAUGGAGGGGUAAAUCCACAGAGGGGAUAUUCGAACCCUCAAAUCGGUCCCUCAACCUCUCAGAUCGGGUACUCCGUCACUCAACUGCACCCGCCUAUACAGCCUGCGAUCAUCAGUCAAGCACAACCAUUUACAUACGUCUCCAGUUCUACGGCAACAACCUCCUCCGCAUCCAAUUACUCGUCCCCUGCUUCAAGAGUUGGAUACAACGAUCGAAAGCGUCGGCCUCAGCCCAGCAGCUCUCACAAUUUAACAGCAUCAACAGAAGUCCGAAGUGGCUCACGGGUAUCACAGUCAUUAUCUGAAGCAGCACCUCCUGAGUAUUCAUAA